AUGAAUUCGAGAACGCCGUUUUUUUUCUCAUCACCAUUCACCGCGAUUAAUUCAACAACAAAAGCACCAAGUUUUUCUGCGGACGGACCCGCCGUUAAUGAGCGCUGGAAUCGCGAACGCGGUCCCGCCAAAGAAGAAGAAGAAGAAGAAGAAGAGGUGGACUCCAUCGCCGUAGCGGCCCGAUACCAUUCCAGUAUGGCUCGAACCGUCGUUCUGCUCACCGCGGUAUGCAUCGCCCUCUCGACGGCGGCAGAAGAUCGAAAAGCGCGCUCCGGCGACCUAGACCGCGGUCCGGAACCCAUGGAAUCAGUCCCCAAGUCCAUGGACUUCAUCCAGCCCGCCAACAUCACCGUGGCGCUGAAACGCCGCCUCGAGAUGAGCACCGAGUUUUUCCUGGUGCCUACGACCUCCUCCCCGGGAACCACCACCGGGAAUUACGUUUCGAAGACCGCCUGCGCUGGCUGCCCGGUGGAAACCGAAAAAAUCGCCGGGGUUUUCAGGAACGAGGUGUGGGUCAUCCCUGUGCUAGCUCUAUCCGCCAUCACCAUGCUGCUUAUAGCCGGGUUCGAAGUGUUCGUGCUCUGCAAAGCCUGGAGGACCACCCCUAGCCGUCGUCACCUGUUCCUCGGGCAAAUGCUGCUACUGGGGUUGUUUUCCUGUGCGGGUCUUGCUGCUGUCUUGGCUGUCUCGCCUACGCAACUCACCUGCGCCCUAGUGCGAUUCGGCAUGGGGGUAGCUUACGCUAUAGUCUUCGCUUCUCUGCUGGUGAAGUGCGUAUUUCUCAUUAGCUUGAACGGUGGGGUAUACCUCCCUGCACCCUACCAGGGUCUCUUGCUGCUCUUCGCGAUCCUCAUACAAGUGGCUAUAGGAGUACAGUGGCUGCUGACAAGCCCUCCCUUAGUAGACAAUAUAGCGAUAGAAACUGUAGUGGCGCCAAAUAAGCACAGACUUUUAGUUACCGCGGAAGACGUGGGUAGUCCAGCUUUGAUACCCUUGUGCCGCACCCCAUACACAGACAUGCUCCUUUCCCUGAUCUACGUCAUCUUCCUGAUACUGUUCGUGACUGUUCUGGCCGUUAAGUCCCGUGGGAUAAGAGACAAUUAUCGCGAGGCCACCUACAUAGGGUUAUCCGUGGGGUGUUGCAUCCCUACAUGGUUGAUUUGGACUAUGAGCGGGCUGCUUGUGAACGAGCGACACAGAGACGCUUGCAUAGCUUUCGGUCUCGUUAUUUCCUCCGUCAUGGUGUUUUUAAUCAUGUUCAUGCCCAAAGGAAGGCAAUUAGCCGCUAUGGGCAAGGAGGGAGUUUAUGUGGAAGAUCGUGAGGAGCGUUUUAGUUCGUUAAGUAGGGCGGCAUCUGGAUAUUCGCCGUCGUUCUUCCACUUCAAGCCCAUCAAGUACGGAUUGAAUCAUCACGGAACGACGCAUAAACAUCAGCAGACGAUCACGACGUUAGGUGGAGAUCUGGGCAUCUUUCCGCCGGCUCCGCCAAGUUAUACUCGUCACUAUCAGUACCACUGCUACCCCCCGGGGUACUACUCGACGCGGUACUUACCAGGUGGUGUUUUUCUACAUCCAGACGAUGGUAAUGUCUACACAACAUUGGAACCCACUUUGAGUACCAAUCCAAAUGUCUACUUUCACAGAGGAAACGCGAUGCAUCCUGGAAUGAUGUAUUAAAAGACUGUUUGAAGUGCAGUGCAGUGUAGAAAGAACUAUGCGUAUAUGCGUUUAUAGCACAGUAUAGACCUAUACUGUUUAUAGUAUAAACUGUAUAAACUUUAUACAUUAUGAUCCAUCGAAGUUUGUUGAAUUUCACUGAAAAUAUAUGCAAUAUUGAAAUAAAUUAUUCAAAUUUUCCGCAUAUAUGCGUAAAUGGAAUUUCAUUAAAACGGCUGUUUUCAGGGGCGUCCGGAGGGAGAGGCAAGGGGGGGGGCUCACCUCCCCCUAGCGCCUGGUCUCUACUCAGAUACUUUCUAUCAAGAUAAAUUUGCAUUAUCCAAUUCCUACUGUGAUUAGCGCUUAUUAUAGUGACUUUCUGAGACAUUGUUUAAUUAGUAUUCAUCGACAUCUUAUAGAUAUGUAUAGAGUUAAUUUUAUCAACGAAGUCAUUGAUAAAUUUGCUAAAGACUCUAUAAGAAUGCCAUUUUUGUUUAAACAAGAUUAUGAUUAUUAUCGCGUGCAAUUUUUUAUUGUAAUCUUGGCUGUAAACAGAAUACCUAUGUGGUGUCAAUCAAUUUUCUUUUUUUUAUUCCAUGUUUUAUGUAGAAUAAUAGUAGAUUAUAUAUCGAGAGAGUAAAGAGCAUAUAAUUUUUCCAGAGAUGGUUUUGUAGCCAGGUUUACAUACCAUUUUUUGCACGACUCGACGAUUUUAAUUGAACGAAUCUUAUGAUAAAAUCAAUUAUUGUCAAUAUGAAAAUGAAAAUCUGAACACAAUAGGUAAUCAGAAAAUCAAGUUAUUCGAUUAUCAUGACUACCGAUAAAGAAGAGUAGCCAUAUUCCUUUUUGUGAACAUCGAAAAAGUGUGGUAGCAUAUUUUCUUAAUUGCUUUCCAAAGUUUUUCUGAUAAAUAUUGCAGGCAUGUGUGGAAAAACUAUUGAAGAAGCUGCUGCAAACAUAGUGGUAGAUUUAUUGCCAGAAAAAUCCCGGAAAAUUUUAAAGCCUAGAGAGUGCCUACUCUGUAUACCCGCUUUUUUUGUGUGAAAUCGCUUAUAGGUCGUGCAAAAUAGUUAUUUUUGUAUCUAGAGCGCGAAAUGCUACUUUGGUGAUCGAGAUCUGAAUUUUUUAACGAGGCGUAGCCGAGUUGAAAAAUAGUCGAGAUGACCAAAGUAUUUCACGCUCGAGUUGCAAACAACAUUUUCUCUACAAACGUCAAAAAAUAUAGUUCUAAGGUAAAAAUAUGCUUAGCUUGAUAUAAAAAAUGGUGUUGAACUGGCUCAAAAAGCCUUUCCCUACCCUCCCUAGGUACGCACGAUGUUCAACGAACAUAAUAGGAAUUUCCUUCCGUGCGCUCCAAGAGAUGAAACAAAGUUAUUGUUGAACAUUCAGAAAUAAAUGAUUCCGUGGAUGUUUGCUCGAUUGAGAACCAUACAGUUGAAAUAUAAAUAUCUCACAUUUUACAUAACAAUGCGCGAAGUAGGUACUUCGCGCACUGUUUUACUUCGCGCAUUGUUUUUUUGCAAGGUAUCAUGGUAACGUAGGAAACUGAAAAAAAGUGUCACUUCGCAAUUCAUUAUCAAUGCGCGAACCUUGUCAUUUUUUGACGUCUGUAGAAAAACUGUUUUUUUGAUAUGUAGUGAAUAUUGCACAUUAUUUAUUGUGACUUGCCCCUCCCUGAGAUUAUUUUUGCGGACGCCCCUGGCUGUUUUGAAUUUCAAUAUUCCAUAUUGAAUAUUGUACCUACGAAUUGGAAUUUUUGGGUAUAUGACGAAAGUAUAUAGCAUUUAGAAUAAGUAGGUAUUAAUCUCCAUUGUAGAUAGUAAUAAGUAUUGAUUUGUAUAAAAUGAAUAAAGCAGUAUGAUGUUU